CUUUGUAAUCCAUUUUCUCUGUCUUCACAUCUCUUGUUCCGAACUGACAAAACAGAGAGAGAAGAGAGACAGCAACACUUACCACUCUUUAAAGCAUCAUUUACUAGCAUAAAAUCAUGUAAAUUUCAUCUGAUGUUUCAUAGAAUCCAUAUCUGAGAGAACCAAUGUGUAGUUAAACUUAGAUUCAAGAGGGAUUGUCGAGCUUCUUGUCGGAAAUUUGAUGAUUUUUUUGUGUUUGACAACAUUUACAUGAAGAUUCAAAAUCUGGGUCUUGAUGAAAAUGGAAGCUUUAUCAAAACAACCCCAAGGAGUCGCCAUUGAUGUUGUUAAUGGAGGAGGAGGAGAACAAAGAAACCAAACAGGUAACGAGGAACAAGAAGACGGCCGAUGUUCCUUGUCUACAACUGAGAUCAUUAAAGAGAGGGAGACUUGUUCAAUGUCGGGAACAUGUUCUUCUUCUUCCCUUGAAGUGGAUCUUGAGUCUGGGGUGGUCGAACCUAGGCCGUAUUUGGCUAAUGAAACUGAGACAGAUUGCAGGAUUUGCCAUCUUACAUUGGACCCGAACAACCAUGAAUCCGGUGUCCCUAUUGAGUUAGGCUGUUCUUGCAAGGAUGAUUUGGCUGCUGCUCAUAAACACUGUGCUGAAGCUUGGUUCAAGAUCAAAGGAAACAGGACUUGUGAGAUUUGCGGAUCCACCGCACGGAAUGUUGUUGCUGCUGUAACCGAUACCGACAUGACCGAGCCGUGGAAACAAGCAAACGAUUCCACAGCGGCGGCGGCAACAACGGUUCCCGCUACCAUUCAUGCUGCAGGCACCCGAACCUUCUGGCAAGGCCAUCGGUUUCUAAAUUUCCUGCUAGCGUGUAUGGUUUUCGCCUUUGUGAUCUCUUGGCUCUUCCACUUCAACGUACCGUCUUGAGAAAACCUAUAUCCCAAGCUCACGCCUCCCGGGACUUGUUUCAUAUAUGACUAUCAAGACGGUGCCCCCGGUGAGCUUUUCGACUUAUGAAUCGUGUUCCAUCUUGGCUUCCGCUUAAUCCAUAAGCAUGGUGUUUUUAUUAGUAUCAUAGGUUUUGAAACUCUCUGUAAUUUAUAUUUGCAUAUUGUAGUACAUCUUUACUAGAAUCCUUCUUGCUAUUGUUUUCCUUUGAUUUGUUUUUGAUGUGAUAAAGCUAGAAGUAUUGGGACUGGAUUUAUAAAUA